AAGCUCAAAAGUUCCGUAACCAAUCCUCAAUUAAUGUGUCUGAUCUUAUGAAUAACCCACAUAGAAAUAUGGACAUGGUCUUGAAAUUGACCUUUACAUGGUGGUUAUGGUGGUUGAGAUUGGGUGUAGCAGACCCACAAAUCAAUCUGCUAAACAGUGGUUGCAGCCAAUACAAUGUGUCGGAUGUGUCCAACUUCUACACCAAUCUAAACGCAACGUUCUUAGACCUCAGAACACAGCUGAACAACAACAAAUACUUUGCAACUGCACAGCAAGUGGUAGGUUCGGAAUCAGCCUAUGCCUUGGUGCAGUGCAGGAACUACCUGUCUAAUGCUGACUGUCUAGCUUGCUUCACCGCCGCCGUGUCUCAAAUCCGCAAUUGCUCUGCCGCCAACGGUGCCCGUGUCAUCUAUGAUGGCUGCUUCCUCAGGUAUGAGAGCAAUAGCUUCUUUGACCAAACCACUCUGCCUGGUAAUCAAGGGAUUUGUGGGAAUCGGACUGCAUCACAACCUCAUGCUUUUAGUACAGCUGUGGACGGAUUGUUAAAAGAUCUCCAAGUAGCAACACCUAGGAUUAAUGGUUUCUUUGCUGCGAGUAAGAGAGAAGUGGUUGAUAGUAGUGGUAAUGCAACAGUGUAUGUUGUGGCACAGUGUGUUGAAACAACUACCGAGAGUGGUUGUCAGAAUUGCUUGAAUGUCGCAUCCAACAGUAUACAAGUUUGUGUUACUAAUAUAGAUGGUAGGGCAGUUGAUGCUGGAUGUUUUUUGAGGUACUCAGAUAAACCCUUCUUUGCUGAUAACCAAACUACUGAUAUCAGUUCCUUCUUAGGCAAUGGAGGUUCAAGCAACAAGAAUGCCAUCAUUGGAGGAGUAGUUGGAGGUGGAGGUGCUCUUCUCAUUAUAGCUUUGUUUGUCUUCUUUAUAAUGAUAAGAAGGUCCAAGGAAGUUCGUAGAGGUGACAUUUUAGGGGCAACUGAACUACGAGGCCCAGUGAAUUACAAAUACAAUGAUUUAAAAUCUGCAACAAAAAAUUUCAGUGAAGAAAACAAACUUGGAGAAGGAGGCUUUGGUGAUGUAUACAAGGGUACUCUGAAAAAUGGGAAGAUGGUUGCUGUUAAGAAACUAGCUAUAGGCCAAUCUUCUAGGGCAAAGGCCGAUUUUGAGAGUGAAGUGAAGCUUAUAAGCAAUGUUCAUCAUCGAAAUCUGAUCCGUCUUCUUGGGUGUUGUAGCAAAGGACCAGAGCAAAUUCUUGUCUAUGAAUACAUGGCAAAUAGUAGCCUAGAUAGAUUCUUAUUUGGUGAAAGACGAGGCUCUCUCAAUUGGAAACAACGGAUUGAUAUAAUUUUGGGUACAGCCAGGGGACUUGCCUAUCUACAUGAGGAAUUCCAUGUAUGUAUAAUUCAUAGAGAUAUAAAAACCGGCAACAUUCUCUUAGAUGAUGAUCUCCAACCCAAGAUUGCAGAUUUUGGGUUAGCAAGGCUUCUACCCGAGGAUAAAACUCAUCUCAGCACCAAAUUUGCUGGAACAUUAGGAUAUACGGCACCCGAGUAUGCAAUCCAUGGUCAGCUAUCAGAGAAGGUAGAUACUUAUAGUUUUGGGGUUGUUGUACUUGAAAUUAUAUGUGGCCGAAAAACCAGCGAGGUCCAGCAUGUUUUUGAUGGCGAAUACCUCCUUGAACGGGCAUGGAAAUUGUAUGAGAAUAACAAGCAUUCAGAGUUGGUGGAAGAAACCUUAAACCCAGAAGAAUAUACAGUAGAAGAAGUGAAAAAAAUGGUAGAGAUCGCUCUGAUGUGCACACAGUCACCAGCUUCUGUAAGGCCUUCAAUGUCUGAAGUUGUUGUUUUGAUUAAAAGCAAGGGAUCAAUGGAGAAUAGGCCACCUACUAAGCCAGGCUUCGUUGAUACUGAUAGAAAAGUCCGUGGAGACACAUCCACUUCAACCGGAUCCUCCGCAUCUAAUGCCACUGCCUCUAUCUCUCAACUCUCUGCUCGCUAAUCUAAAUAAUAUAUGAAAUUCUUGAGUGACUUCUAUGUAUAAAGUUUGAUAGUUUCCUUUAAUUUUGUUCUAUCUUAUGUGUGUCGAACAUGGAACUUCAGGUUAUGAAAUUCAAUUCAUGUUACUUUAGCUCA